AUGGCUCCCACUCCAAUCCAAGAGAAUCUGGUUACCUCCAACCAAACCUACGCCUCCAGUUUCAAAGAUGGCCAUCUCGCCCUACCACCCGCCAAGAAAUACGCCGUUGUGACUUGCAUGGACGCCCGCAUCGAUCCCGCCGCCGCGUACGGCAUCUCGCUGGGCGACGCGCACGUAAUCCGCAACGCAGGCGGCAACGCCCGAGACGCUCUGCGCUCGCUCGUCAUCUCGGAGCAGCUGCUCGGCACCCAGGAGAUCCUGCUGAUCAAGCACACGGGCUGCGGGAUGCUGACGUUCAAGAAUGAAGACGCUGCGGGCCUCGUGAGGAAGAAUCUGGGCGAGGAGGCUGUCGGCGAGCUGGCUGCUUUCGCGGGUGACUUUCAGCCUUUUGCGGAGCUGGAUGAGGCUGUGAAGACCGAUGUCGCUUUUUUGAAGGCUUCGAAGUUGAUCCCCGAAACUGUCACUAUUAGCGGGUGGGUUUAUGAGGUCGAGACGGGGAAGGUGAGGAGCGUUGUCUAG